GCGUCCAAUACUUACACCCUGUGCAGGGUAUGUAGAUUUGUGUCCCAGAAUCCGCAACACCAUUUUUAAUAGUUUAUCUUUUUUUUCGCUCGUUCAUCAUUUUCAACGAACAAAGAAACUCUCUAACGUUGAAAUAUUAGUUCCCAGUCAAGGCCUGAAUAAAUCUGACUAAAAUGAUGGCAAAAGAUUCAUUUGCCGAAGUAAAAUCGAAGUUCUCAGAUUCGGCCAAGCGUCAAUCAUCGCACAUCUGCGAGCUUUCUCGCGGCUCGGACAGUAACCUGUUAAAACUGCAACCGACAGCGUCGCUUCGUUUGAGGUUAAAACGGCUCUUCCAAAAAACCAUCAUCGUUUCAGAAAAACAUCCAGCAACGCGUUUCUAUCUCCGAAGUCACGCCGCAGUCGCUUUUGAAAAGAAACGCCACGGACGAUCGCCCCACUGGUGGGUCAUCCAUCCUUGCAGCUCCGUCAGAUUCUGGUGGGAUACCAUCAUGUGCCUGAAUUACUUCUUCUGCUUUCUCGCCAUUCCGUACUUCUCCGCGUUUUACAUGCUGAACAGAAGUUCGUAUCACUGGAAAGAGUCGAUCGUCAUGCCUAACUACUUCAUUUGCACCAUCGAUAUCUUCCUGAACUUCGUUACGGGAUUCACUUCGUCUAAUAGCCACGAAAUAUUUCUAGAUCCUGGAGUUAUAGCAAGUCAUUACAGUCGAGGUUACUUUCUGAUUGACUUGCUUACCUCCAUCCCGUACAGUUGGAUUCUUCAGGAUCACCGCACAUUACCUGGUGCUGGAAAUGAACAUUCCAAUUUCGCAACAAUUAUUAUUCAGCUGUUGCCAUUGCUGAAGUUACUGCGACUCCCCACUCUGUACAAGUUCCUAAUGCAAUUUUGGCAGGUACUAGGCAUCAAUCGCAACGUCGCCUUCUCAAUUUGGAUUGCUCUCCUGACCGCAAUGAUUUUUCACUGGGCAGCUUGUUUCACCUACGGAUUUCCAUUCGUCCUUAUGCAUGCAACGGGAUCCCGAAUCGAGGAUUGGAAUACAUGGUUCAAUUACAUAUCGGACAUAGAGCAGAAUCCCGAAGAUCAUUUCAGACUGUACGAGUUAAGUUUCUACAACGGGCUAACUGGUCUAUGCUCCAUAGACUCGACCAUUUUGGCAGAUACUCAAUCAAACAGCACCAGCGAGACGAUAGGCGACAAGAUUGUCACCUGCGUGCUGCUCAUUCUCGGAGCCCUCUACCAAUUCUAUAUAAUCGUGGUCAUCCUGCAAUGGGUGGAGUCAGAGAAUGCCCCAGAAACGAAGUACCAGCAGGUCAGGAACAGCCUAAAACUCUACAUUCGUAAAAAGCAAGUUCCGCCGAGUCUCGAAAGAAAACUGCUGGAAUACAACGAAUACUUAUUUCGCGAAAAGUACUUCAAGGAAAAUGCAACCGUUAGCUCUUUUUCAGACCAUUUGAAGGAUGAAAUCGUGAUGCACACCUGCCGGCAGCUGAUGGAUAGUGUAUCGAUACUCUGGAACGUGCCGAAGCUACUGGUUGCAAGUAUAAUCACCGCUUUGAAACCAGAGAUUUUUCUACGGAAUGAAAUCGUCUUCAAAUGCGACGACGAUGGAAACUGCAUGUACUUCAUAGGAAGUGGGACUCUAGCCGUGAUUACGUACAGUGGAAAAGAGAUAUGUCACCUCCAGGACGGAGCUCAGAUCGGCGAGUCCUCGCUGCUUUAUCCAGGCUUCAAGCGACCAGUGACGGUAAUCGCGCUUGAAACGUGCGAGCUACUCAAAUUGGAACGAAAAGAUUUCAACAGGCUUAUACCGGUCAACUCGGACCUUCAUCAGCGGAUGCGAAGAACGGUUAAAGAACAGAUAGCAAUUAUCGUGAAAAUCGAAAACGAGGACGUGCUCAAGCUUGAUAAAGACUUAGAAAACUGGACCUCCAAUCUUCGCACGGAAUCCGGCAGUGAGAGGCCGACGAACCCAGAAGACCGACCGUGAAAGGAUUCAGGUUGAAAUUUCUUUCCUCCGAAGACAAAGGGAAUAAGAAGUAACGAUCACGCCAGGCGUAAAAUGUUGACGGAUAACCAUUGUAAAAAACAGAAGCAACUUACAUUAGGAAUGUCCACAUAAUUACCUACUUAUAAAUUACAAUACAUAAUCGCGAGUACAGUUAGUUGGAUUAGUCUAGUAUACAUACAAGAAUAACAGUGGAGCGUAGAUGCAGCGAAACAGUUUGAUUAUUCUUCUCGUUUUGUUGGAGUUUUCGUCGACUCGUUGGACGAAUAAAGUGCCUAAAGCACC